CCAGCACCUCCCCGCUGCCGCAGAGCCGGACUGCAGCGGCCCAGCCCGACAAUGCGCCGCCUGCCCCCAUCCCUACUGCCCCUGCAGCUCGCCCUGCUCAUGGUCGCGGGGGCCCCCGAGGCGCCGGUCAGCGCGUCACGAAGCCUGGUAUGGGGGCCAGGGCUGCAGGCGGGCAUCGUUCUACCCGUCCGUUAUUUCUACUUGCAGGCGGUCAACUCGGAGGGCCAAAACCUCACUCGCUCGCCCCCAGGUCAAACACUAUUCAAAGUAGUAAUCAAAUCUCUUUCACCUAAAGAGUUAGUCCGGAUUCACGUCCCUAAGCCUUUGGACAGGAAUGAUGGAACAUUUUUGAUAAGAUAUAGGAUGUAUGAAAGCGUCAAUGAAGGACUGAGGAUAGAGGUCCUUUAUGGUGUAGAACAUGUGGCUCAGUCUCCUUAUAUUUUGAAAGGACCCGUGUACCAUGAGUAUUGUACGUGUCCAGAAGAGGAUCCUCAGGCCUGGCAGAAAACUCUUUCUUGUCCAACCACGGAACCACAGAUUGCAAAAGAUUUUGCUUCUUUCCCCAGCAUCAGUCUGCAGCAGAUGCUAAAUGAAGUUCCAAAAAGGUUUGGGGAUGAAAGAGGUGCUAUUGUUCAUUACACGAUUCUCAAUAACCACAUCUACCGGAGAUCUUUAGGGAAAUACACAGACUUCAAAAUGUUCUCUGAUGAGAUUUUGCUGUCACUGGCAAGAAAGGUCCUUCUCCCAGAUUUAGAGUUUUAUAUAAAUGUUGGAGAUUGGCCCUUGGAACAUCGAAAAGUCAAUGAAACUCCUGGCCCUAUACCUAUCAUUUCAUGGUGUGGCUCUCUGGAUUCAAGAGAUAUUAUCCUUCCAACGUACGACAUCACCCAUUCAACACUUGAAGCAAUGAGGGGUGUUACUAAUGAUCUCCUGUCUAUUCAGGGAAAUACAGGGCCUUCCUGGAUCAAUAAAACAGAGAAAGCUUUCUUCAGAGGCAGAGAUAGCCGAGAGGAAAGGCUUCAGUUGGUACAGCUGUCCAAAGAAAAUCCACAGCUGCUAGAUGCAGGAAUUACAGGAUAUUUCUUUUUCCAAGAGAAAGAAAAGGAGCUUGGAAAAGCUAAGUUGAUAGGUUUCUUUGACUUCUUUAAGUACAAGUAUCAAGUGAAUGUGGAUGGAACUGUGGCUGCUUAUCGAUACCCUUACCUCAUGCUGGGUGACAGUCUGGUUCUGAAGCAGGACUCACCAUAUUAUGAACAUUUCUACAUGGCACUAAAGCCUUGGAAACAUUAUGUUCCAAUUAAAAGAAAUCUUAGAAAUUUACUAGAGAAAAUUAAAUGGGCCAAGGAAAAUGAUGUAGAAGCCAAGAAGAUUGCAAAAGAAGGACAGUUGGCUGCUAGGGAUCUGCUACAGCCACACAGGCUUUACUGCUACUAUUAUGAAGUGCUGCAGAAAUAUGCUGAGCGCCAGUCCAGCAAACCCGAAGUACAUGAUGGAAUGGAACUUGUUACUCAGCCAGAUGAUAACACAUCCAUCUGCCAGUGCCACAGGAAAAAGUCUGUAAGAGAAGACCUUUAAGUCCACCCUGAUUCACACUACUGUAUUUGCCAGUCACAUCUUUAAUGGAAGCAAGAUGGAAUAUAAGCCGUGAAGAGCAGCACAGAAGAUUUUACCCUGUGGACCAGGUCUCUUGGUGGCUUUAUAUAACUUGGAUAUAGCAAUAUUAGACCAAGUAUUACCACAUAUCUUUGGAUAUUUCUUUUAAGUAAGAACUGCUAUUUUCAGUGUCCUAGUUUCUUUAAAAAGAAAUCAUUGGGGAUCAUAAUAGAUAGGGAGGCUUGCCAGAAUAUAAAUCACUCUCUAUGAAACUAAUUUAUAACAUAUUUAUUGGUUUAUUUUUAUCCCUUGUUCAUUUUCACUCUUUCCCUUCCAAUCAUUAAUGCAUCAUUUCUCCUCUUACAAGCUGCUUUUGGCAUUUGGUAAGAGCAGCCCCCUCUUGGAAAGUCUGAUAAGAAGAUAGGGAUAACUCUUAAAAGUAGCAUGGAGAAUGUGAAGGGAAUAUAUAUUUUUUUAUUUUAAUAAAUUUAUCUCUACAUCCAACAAACAUACAUUCCUUUUUACCCCUCACCCACAUGCUCUGGUAACCUCUAAUCUACAUUUUGUCUCUUGAGAUUUUGCUAUUUCUAGGGAAUUCUUAUAAGUGACAUCACACAAUAUUUAUCCUUAUGUAUUUGCUUAUUAUGUGAAGAGAAUAUCUUUAAUGCACUGCUCGUAUCUUUUUUAACUACAUUUCACCAAGACCUCAAACUAAAAUAAAGGAGAAAUUGUGCUUCAGGCUAGUAAUUGCUGAUCUAUCUGGGUUGCACACCCAUUAAGGGCAGCAGAGUUAUUAAAGUAGAUAAAAGCUUCCUGUGGGUACCAUUCAUUGUCUAUAUAAUGAUAAAGAUAAUUGUAGUCAUGUGGGGAUCUUUGAUUUUUUUAAUCUUUAAAAGGGACCCUUUCAAUUCAUUAUUACCCUUAGCCACUUUUAAAAUUCAAGUUUUCAUUAAAAAUAUCUGAUUUUUAAAAGGAGGAGAGGGUUGUAAGGAUAUACAAGUAAAUAUAACUGUAUCUAAGUAAACUAUCAACAUGUUUGUUGCAGCAUUGUUUUUGUUUAUAAAAUAUUAGAAACACCCUAAAUAGCCAUCAUUAGGGAUUUGGCUAAAUAGAUAAUGAUAAAUCAAGGAAUACAAUGCAGCCAUUAAAAAAGAAUGAAGUGGCUCUAAAUAUACUAUCAUGAAAGAUUUCCAUGAUAGUGUUCAGUGAAAAAAGCAAGUUACAGAAUAACAUGUAUAAUGUUAAACCAUUUAUGUAAAAAAGUAAAUGUAUCCAUGUGUUUGAAAGUCUGGAGGGAUAUUCACCAAUAUAUGGGGAAGGGAUGGAGAAAAGGGAAUUUUUGCAUUUUGCUUUAUACCUUUUUGUAUUUAAAUUGUUUGUACUAUAAGUAUUAAUCAAAUUGUAAAAUUAAGAAAAAUGCAAACCUGGGAAAAGAAUAAAUGCACAAAAGAUAUAAAUAGGAAAAUAAAAUGGAUAUUUAUAUUUUCUAUUAUGCUGUUUUUAAG